CUCCAAUGCGUAGUCUAGUACGGACUUAAGGACCGGCAAGAGACAAGAUCAAAUCUAGAUUCGACUUUGGAGACCUCGUGCGGUGAAAACGCGAAACACAGUGUCUGUGGUGUGUGUGGGUGCACGUAUACACCACAGAUGCAUCUGCACCAAAGAAUCUCUGAGCCACACUCUCUCCGCUGGCAUCUGCACUUUCCAAGAUUUCGGAUCGAAAAAAUCAUAUUCCCUCGACAAAUCCAUUUUGGAGUGUCCGUAUAUUCACCGCCAGUGCCGAUAAUUGACAGUUCGUGUUACGUACAAUUACCGAUUUUUAGUACUGGCAGUGAAUAUACGAGCACAGCCUCGACCUCUCCUACGUCAUCGUAGUCCGCACGACGAGACGUCGCGUGAACCAGGCGGCUGCCCCACCAUCGCUGUCACUCGACGGCUUUUUGUGGUCAGGCGAGGACGAGAGGGUAGUGUAGUUUGGUGCGGCUGGCGCCCGUGCAGCAGCUCGGCAGUUUUUCCGUCGUGUUUCCGUGACGAACUCUCGGCGAUCGACAGAAAAAGAGACAGAUAGAUAGAUAAAGAGAGAGAGAGAGAGAGAGAGAAGGAGAGAAAAAAAGAGAGAGGGAAAGAAAAGAAGAAGGGAGAACGCAAACGGCUGCGAGUAGCCGCCGCCGCCAGCGACAGUCUCACUCUCGGAGAAUACGCUCGCCUUUUCCUCUCCAUUCGCGUUUCCGCGGCGGCAAGAGAGCAACAGACGCUCCAGACAGACGUCGCCGUUCCGGGCGGUUAUCCAGAGCGGCAGCCGGUUCGGACGUGUCGCUAGUGCACAUCGUACGCACGUGCAAUACCCGUGCAGUCGCCGCGCGUCCGUUCCCCACGUCCAUUACGCACGCAUACGCCACACGUACGGUGGGAGCAGCGCGCGCGUACCGCCCAGUGUCUCGGGGAUCGCAGAGCGAGGAUACGAAGAUAUACUCGCGGGGAUCAGAGCAGCAGCAGCAGCCGCGCCGUGAGUGGUGGUAUAGUGAGCACGACGGGAAUAUAGUGUCUACGGGACGUAGCCGAGGAAGCGGAGAGGAAGAUGAGCAAGACGUGCGCCCGCUGCGAGAAGACGGUUUACCCGAUCGAGGAGCUCAAGUGCCUCGACAAGAUAUGGCACAAGCAGUGUUUCAAGUGUCAGGGCUGCGGAAUGACCCUGAACAUGCGGACGUACAAGGGUUUCAACAAACAGCCGUACUGCGAGGCACACAUACCAAAGGCCAAAGCCACCACGAUGGCGGAGACACCGGAGCUGAAGCGCAUCGCUGAGAACACGAAGAUACAGAGUAACGUGAAGUAUCACGCCGAGUUCGAGAAGGCGAAGGGCAAGUUUACGCAGGUCGCAGACGAUCCGGAGACCCUCAGAAUCAAGCAGAACAGCAAGAUCAUCUCGAACGUCGCUUAUCACGGCGAGCUCCAGAAGAAGGCAAUCAUGGAGCAGAAGAGGACGAUGACCGGGGAGAAUGGCGAACAGAUAGAGUACGUAGAGUACACAGACGGCACUAUCGCCCCUGCAUCGAGUAUAAACGCCAAUCCGCCGCCUGCAAGGACGGCGAAUUCGCCGGUACAGAGGACACCAGGUAGGAUCGCCGAUUACGAUCCGCUUAGCGAAGCGAGGCCGAGCCCGUAUUCUGCAAGGCAAGCCGCCACCACUGUCAUUUAUACGAGCGACAAGGGACCAGUGACGAAUCCACCGACACGGAAAAUCGGCUCGGUCGCCGACAUCGACCCGGUGAACGAGUAUUACGGAUCGCUGACGCCGGCCACGAACAACAAUCAUGUCUCUCAGCAUCAACCGCCGCCGCCACCGCCUUCCAACGUGGGGCGGGUGUACAGAGCGAUAUAUGAUUACGAGGCGCAGGACCUCGACGAGGUGAGCUUCUACGACGGCGAUCUGAUCGUCAACUGCACAGCCAUCGACGAGGGCUGGAUGACCGGGUUGGUGCAGCGUACGGGGCGACAGGGCAUGCUACCCGCCAAUUACGUCGAGCCAGCGCAGAUUUGAACGUCUUUCAUGUCGAGCUCCCGCUAAAUCGUCGCCGCCGCCGUCGCCACCACAACCAUCGCCACCGCCGCCACCACUUGGCUCGGGGCCGAAGGAAGAGACGGCGUUAAAGGAAAUACGCGAUACAAUACUCGAGAUAGGGCUUCUAAUAUUUUGAUGACUCUUGUUACUUGCGAGGUUAUUCGUUCGAUCGAAACGACGAGCAUAAUUCGCGUCGUCGUCGUUUGUGCGGAAUUGAUUCCUUCCAAAUCUUUCAAAAUAAGACAAUAAUUUCUCUUUCAUCUUGACGCCUAUUCGCCACCGUGAGGUUCGUUUGGGCAAGAUUGAAUGUUUCUCUCUCAAGGUACGAUGAAUUCGUACUCGAGAGAGGAGAUUCGUUCGCGAGUAUCCUCGCAACUGACUUCCAAAAUGACAAUAUACAUAUAGUUUUAUAUACACACACACACACACAAACACAAACACACGUUAGAAUUCCAUGGUGGGACCAACUCCAUGCAACUGCGAUAAAUUGUGCCGAGUAUAGAAGUAAAAACUGGCUGACGGCUUGUGGAGUGAGUUCAGUUCGAGUCCCGAGACGGGACAAUGAUCAGGGAGAAUCGAGUAGAGAGAGAAAGCGUCCUCUCGUGGCGCACAAUUGUUGUAUAAAGCAUCACUUGUUUUCUUUUUUUUUUCUUCGUUAUUAUUCGGCGUUAUCGGAAAUCGCUCGAUCGUCAUUCCUUCGUCUCAAUGGCCGCGUUCAGCAGAAGUUUAUUUAUUUUGAGACUGUUGGAAGUUUUCCGACCUGAGAUCGGAUUGUUCUUUUAGAUCUAGAAAAAUUAUCCAAUCUCAGCUCAGAAAAUUUCCAGCGGUUCAGCAAAAUAAACGUUUCUACUGAACGUGACCAUUGUCUCCUCUCUGGAGCCCAAGUGAUUUCGUACGAAGUUUUAAUUAUGUGAAGUCGGAGAGGAAAGACGGGGACGUCGGGAGGUCGAUCGAAUUACUGUGGAAUUGCCGUUUUGUCGAUUGCUCGUAUUUGUUAAUCAUUCUCUUUUUACUGGUGUGAUGAGAAUUUUACGUUACCUGUUAUCCGAUUUGCAAACUCUAACGCGUCAGUCAGAUUUUGGAAUAUUCCUGAUCGUUUCUUAUUUUUUUUUUUUUCUUGCAUUUAUAGCCGUUACAUUCUUCGUCGUCUUCUUCAAAUCGUCCUAGUUCUUACCUUUUUUUUCUCUCCUUAUCUUCCUUUCUCUUCCUUUCUUCGGGGAUGUUUACACCUCUGUGUGUACUUUUACUACUUUAGCCGUGAUAACGUCUAAUCUAUCGUUCUUCCUCUAACGAUAACGAAACGUAGGGACGAAUUUUCCCUUCGCAUUUCCCAAUCGAAAGGAAACGACGCAACAACGUGUGCCUUACGUAUAUAGGCUGUUAACUUUAAUAGAUGAUACGAAGUUUUUUAAUUAUAACAUAGAGAUGCAUGCAUCGGAACAAGCGUGUCCGAGGGAGCAGGAAGAAAUAUUUAUCAUUCGGAGAUAUCCUCUCUUUCUUGCGGUGCCGCAGGAGCGCGUUUUGAUUCGCCUUUUCAAGCGAAUAAUCUUGAAGACGAAAUCGGUCGAAGUGACGCGGGGAGCACAAGUUCUUCCACUUUUUUUCCUGUUCUUCUUUUAACCACGGAGCGCGAAAGUGAUCGUUAGAUAUCCGUAAAUUAAUAAAAAUCGGCCAUCUCGUCGAUGUGCGUCUGACUAAACGACAAUUAACCGACAUUUACUGCGUAGCUUUUAAGUUACUUUUCCCUUUUAUCUCGUACGGUCCGUCUUUUGUAAGCUUCGCAACUCGCUCGUCGAAAUUGCAUUUACGUAUAUUUAUUAAAUAUAAGUUACAUCAUCCGGCGAAUCUGAGGUUACCGAGCGAUUCGAGAUCUCUUUCGUUAAAUCGCUGAUCUUGUACCGAAAAGCGAAUAUUUUCAAGCGCCGAACACCAUCGCUCAUGUUGAGCGCGCAUGCGCGACGGCCGAUCUCGCGAGAGACACAGCUCUCGUCGAGUUCGUCGUCCGUUUCUUUGUUUUUAUUUUUUUUUAUUUUUUUUAUUUAUUUUUUUUUUAACAACAAACCUGAAAAUGAUGGCAGUUAAAUUUGUAAAGCACGAAGCUUCGCGUCGCCAUCACAGGGUGCUUCCUGAGAGAGUGCCUUUUUAUUUUUUUCCCCCCUUUUUAACGAGCGUUAUUGUGCCUUCCAAAUCGUAAAUGUUCGAUCAUGUUAUCUGACACACAAAGUGGGUUCCUCAGAAGCAACAUCUACAUCGUAUUUACCUGAAUAGAGACGGAUUAUUAAUUAUUAUUGUACGCACCGUCGUGAACGGCGCGCGACGCGCAGAGCGACGGGGAAAAACGUGUCUGUAAAGCUGUAGUAAGUAAAACUCGUUGCUCGCGCGUUCGUCGCACGCGCGCGCCGUUCCCGCCGGGCUUAUACACGCAAGCGAAGAAAGAGAGAAUCGAUAUUUUUGGAAACACGUUAACUACUCAGCACUCCUGUAAUUAUUAGAUCGCUGAUGAAAGGAUUUUACGGCAGAUUUUUUUCACUGCAACAUACAGAAGUAUAUGUUUAGCGUUGUGUUUAGACAGAUAAUCUAUUCUAUUAUAAUAUUCGAAUCGUAAAUAAUGAACAUGUGUAUGUUAUGUAAACCCUGUUCUGCUUCAUUAUUGAUCGCCACGCCGUAUGUGAAUCGGCAUCCCUCCGCUUCCGUCGACGAGAAACUCCUUCACUCACGAGGCGGGAAAUCCUGAUGACGUCGAAACGACGACGAAAUGAACCGAGUCGUGAUCGAGAAGCGAGUUUUUGUCGUAGUUUUCUUGUCACUUUGACGUCAUCGUGAUUUCUGCUCUGUCUGGGUAAUGUAAAGGUGGAUACACACUGAGCGAAUGAACAACGAACAAACAGCGAAUGCGAUGAACUUUUUCUUUGGUGAACCACCUUACGAAUCGGCCCGAAACGUUCUGUUUGGGUUCCUUACGACGUACAGAUCUUCCAAAUUAUUUAACGAAAGUUUGCAUUCACUGUUUCUUCCAAUUGCCCAGUAUGUAUAUACCAACUUGAGCUCACGCACAGAAGCGCGAAUGUCCGCAGAAAUACGCGUUCGACGUCGGCAUUUCAUCACAAUAUGUAUACACAGGACGAGGUAAUAAUUAUUACAUUGUGAAUAUCUCGGAAAAAUAAAUUUCAUAUUAAGGGGAUCCUGGAGUUGUCCUGUUUUGCCACAAAUUCUCUAGCACUAUACUCGUUACUGGCUGCAUAGAAUUAAAAAUAUUCUUGCACAAUCAAAUACACACGCCAGUGUAAGCGACGACGGUUGGCUUUAUUCGAAGAACGAAAAAAAGUUAACAAAUCCUGUAACUUUUUUUCGUUUCUCGAAUAAAGUCAACUGUCGUCGCCUGUAGAACGCAGCCAGUAACAAGUAGGUCGACUCUAAGGUCCCCUUAACGACUAGACGAAGAUGAGAGAAAUUUACAUUUUUACAGGAAAGUGUUUGACGACCAUCAAUGCAAUUUCCGUUAGAUAAAUUUUCCUAAAAGAAAAUAUGUAUAUGCACGUAACCAGACCGUGGCUUUUGCUUGCCUCCUUUAAAUUUUAAUAUUUAAUUGUAUAUCACGAGAGCUUAACACACGAUAUAAUUUACAAACUUAUCUCCCGCUCUCACACAUAUUUCGAAGACACUCUAGGUGGUAAUGGUUAUUUAUUGCCUCACUCUGUGCAUAAAUAAUUUCUCUUUGUCCAGUUCAUCAUCUUAUACUCGUAAAAUAUGCAAAAGGUGUCGCGGCGUAUUCGGCGCCGACAACACACCGCGGAAAUUCCACCGACACCGCUGGCAUUCGCCGUGUUAUCGCAAGGUAAUAGAAUAUUCCGCGUCGCACAGCUGGCAGAAGUUGCUCUCGGCUCGGAGUGAAUUAGCAGCCGCGCGACCGAUCGGUCGCGGCUGAGCAAACGGACGAGUUAAUCGCGGCGGCGUGUAUGCAGAGAUAUAAAAUAUGCAAUAUUUAUUGAGAAAGUAAUAUAAAUACAGUAAAAUAAUAAUUAUCACAUAAGAUAGUCAAGAUCGCUGCGUCGGGUGCGUGUUUGAAAGUCUCUGAGCUUGGUCCAUCUCGUGAUUGAUUUAUCGUCGAUCCGUCGGCGUGAGUUAGCUAGCUUUGCGUCGAUCAUUAUUAUCAUUAUUAUCGUUAUUAUCGUCGCCAUCAUCAUCAUGACGCGUGUAUACCUGUGUUUGUUAUCGCCGGCAGUCUCGCGACUCUCCUUUCGCGCGAGGAUUACGGACUAAUGAGAUAAAAAAUUUUCACCGUCGAAGUGCAUCGUCGAAAUGCCGCAAUGAACGUAUGGAUCGUACAUAUGUAUCGAACUUGACCGACCUUCCCGCGACCCGAUUGGUUUUCGCGUUUCUCGCGCGUCGUGAUCCAGCCCAGAUCGCUUUGCAAACCUUCUCUACAUCGUAGAAAGCAACUUAUGUGAUACAAUGAUGAACCCAACCGGCGGCCGCGCUUUCGCGCCUCUCGGAUCGACCGGCUGAUUCAUCGGUACUUUUUGACACGGUAUUGCACGAUAGACAACAUAGAAAAGCACGAAGGAAUGGAUGAUACAUGAAUGGUACAAUGCGGUUAAUGCGAAUCCAACAAGAGAGACUCAGAACAUCGGACUCCUAAUAUCGAUUAAUUAGACCGCACUGCUUAAUCGUACGGUGGAAUGUGCGCGAAUAAAGCAACGGGGAAAGGAAAAGAAGAGGCGAAUCAAAGGGAAAGAAGGAAAAAGUCUCCCCGCCGUCGAACGGGAACGUUCGCUCAUUCGGACCGGUGAAUGAUUUUGAACAUUGGCUCCGGCGAACGCCACCCCUUGAAGCGGGGGGGAUCUCAAAAGCGGGAAAUCUUAUCACGCUAUCACGCGCGUAGACCGCCGCGUGUCUGCGUUAGCGGUAAUAUAAAGUUCUUUCUCCCGGAAAUUCACGCUCACACGCGAUAUACGUACAAAUCGGCAGAACUAUCAAAAGAGAUUACACGGAGGGCCCCGUCUCGUGUUUCCUGCUUUAUAUAGACUGUAUUCUGAACACAACGUGCGUCGCGACGACGACGACGACGACGACGAGCCGGGAUGUCGCGGUUAAGGCCAUACGGACGACUCCUCGACGCGGAAGAUCGGACGAAGACGAGCGCGCGGCGGGCGAGAAGAGCCGGCUUUCGCGAACAGCGCGCGACCUUCGACACCGGUAACUAUACGUCGUCAGCGGGGAAAUUGCGCAGCGGGGCGGGACGAAGGGAGACGGAAAAAGAAACUCGGAUCCUCGUAAGGCGAAUAUGAGACCCAGCUGUGAGGUUAAUCGAAGCUUCAUCGACACCGUGACGAUGCAAGCGGGCUCAGGGGGAUGCGAACUCGGGAGACUUGAACGCGCGCGUGACGAGGUCUCCCUUUCUCUCCCCCCUCUCCCUCCCUCCCUCAGCGAGACUCGCAACGUCUCUUUGCAACGGAGCUCCUGGCCGUCGAGUCACGCAGCUAACGGAAACGUCGACGAUCGUCUUCGUGCUCCUGCUCCUCCUCCUUCUCCUCCUGCUCCUCGUCCUCGACGUCGACGACAAUACUUCGACGAGUCUCUCUCUCUCUCAUUUUUUUUUUAUCGCGUAACGUGUGGAAUGCUAAAUGUAUCGGACGACGAGCGACGUGUUGUUGUGGCGAAAGGUCCGCGUGCUGGCAGUGUCAUUUUAUUGUAGCGUGAAACAAUCUGUUUUCUCGGUGUUUCUCCCCCUCCUCCUCUUGUACGUGUGUGUGUGUGUCUAUUUAUCUUUUCGGUUUGUUUCCUCUCGCUGCUUGUGGUAUGGCGUGUAACGAACACGCAUGCACAUACACGCGAUCUCUCACACACACACACACACUCCUUCCUCCCUCCCUCCCUUCCUCCGGCCGGCGGGCCGUACGCAUUUAGCCGGUCUGCUAAUAUCCGGCGAGGUCGGCGAACGUCUGAUCCAUCUCGUCGGCGAUCGCUUUGUACUUACAGCGCUCGUUUACCAGCACGUCUGCAAUGAGAAGGGCGGGAAACGCGAUAUUAGUGGACACGGUACACGGUUAGUCGGUUGGCUGUCUACAUCUUAAUACGUGAUCGGUUGAUUGGAAAGAGAAAGAGAGCGAUAGAAAUGCACAUGUACAUAGGUAGACGCAUAUAUAUAUAUACACACAUACACACAUACAUAUACACAGAAGGCACACAUUCUCAGUAGUUCACAUUAUGCCUGACAGUAGGUCGUAUUAAUUUUUCAGCUUCGGAACGAGCGUUACAAUCAGUGGGUGGCUGCCCAAGUAGAAAGUAAAGACAGAUGCUUAGGUAGCCCAAGCACAGAAAGGUAGAGGUAUUCACGUGGAAGCUCGAGGAUCACGUUGCUCUGGGAAAGAGAGCGCACGAGGUGUAAAAUUCGAAUUUCGGGAAGGAAAGCGGACGAGGCGUGAAAUUCGAGUUCCCUCCACCAAUACGCGCCUCUCACGUGACAUGCGAGCGGUGCUGCCAGAGCGAAUAAUAACAAGUGACGAAUGGAUACAAGUGGCGGAUUUAUGUAGAAAUUAGUAAGAUUCUGGAGCCAUCAGGGUUCCCCCUCUUUUCGUCGAUUUAUAAGCAGUUGAGACCUUAGCAGAAUAGCUGAUUUCUCGGUUCAAGACAACGUUUUUUAUACCUUAAGUUUCUGUCGUAACGUACAAUGACUGUUUUGGACCUGAAGUCUUAAUCUAAAAAGCCGUUCUCUUUGCGACCGACGACAAACUCUGUGUAAUAAAAAAAGUCAAAGAAUUGAUAAUUAAGGCAAAAAUUCAGAGCAUAAAAUAUUGUUUUAAAAUUACAAGUUAGGGCCUCGGCAGAAAUUGACUUAUAAUUUUAAGACGAUAUUUUAUAUCCUGAAUCUUUAUCUAAAUUAUCAUUUGUUUAUUUGUUUACUGUACAACGUUACUUAAAGGCAAAGACUUAAGGUGUGAAAUAUUGUUUUAGACCGAAAAGUCAGCUUCUCUGCUAAAGUUCUUAAGAGGCCUCCGAAAUAGCCUCAGCAUCAGGUCCCAAAGAGUCGCAAUCCGGCACUGAAGGGACAACGGGAGACGACGGUCUGGAGUGUGAAAGAACGAGCAGCGCAUUUCAAGAUUCUAUGUCAUGUUUAUUUGUCCUUCUCUCUGGAAUAUUCGAAACAAGAAUCGCCUCGUACCAGUGUCGACAAUUUUCCUUCUCCCUUUUUUCCGAGCGACGCGGAGUUUCUCGUCGGUGUUUCACUCGAUGUCGCACGUACGGAUGAUGAUCGCGGGCCGUACUUUUUCCUCUCUCUCUCUCUUUCUCUCUCUCUUGUCGCACUACUAACCGCGUGAUAACGCGACUUGGCUGUGACUAGAAGUUGUCAUGGAUAAUUUGGAGUUUACUUUCGCGUCAAAAGCGGCGCUCUCGAGACGGACAGACAGACGAACGAACGAUCGCGUGGCUCGGACGUGUUCCACGCGUGAAAGAAAGCCGAGGGUGCAACGAGUGUGGAAUCGUCGAUCCAGAUAAAAAAAAAA